CUCGCAUAGGGAUACGUGUGGAUUAAUACAGUAUUAUCUAAGGUCUAAAAAGCUGCGCCGUGGUGGUUUGUUUCUCCGAGUCUUAUUACUAUUUGGGUUCUCGAGAUUCUCUGCUUCGAAUCGAGUAAGUAAUUUUACAUGGAUGCAGAAGGCAAUAUCAUCACCCCAGACAACAAAAGUUCUCUUCUAGUGGAGGAGGAGGAGGAGGAGGAGGAGGAAUAUGAAUUACUGGGAAACGACUCCAAAAGCUUCAGCAAGCAUUUGAAGUUUAUGAGACGUUACCGUCCAGACCUUUUGUAUCAGGAGAUUUUUAGGUCUGACAACCGUUACAAGUAUACCAGGGAGUUGAGGAAGCAGAAUCAGGCUAAACUUUCACGUACCUUACACAAACGUACUUAUGAGAGGUUGGGGGUCCUUAAGCCUCUAUAAAACGUUGAGAUGUAUGACAAACUCUUUGGAGAAGGAAAUGAUACCACUUCGGAUUCUUCCAAGAAAGUUGAAUUGCUAGAAGGCAAACUCCCUCUUUUGCAGUUAUCUAACGUGUCAAUAUAUCCAGCACUGGUUACAGGAACUUGUAGAGAGAUGAUUGGCACCCUUGAUGCAUAUUUGAACGGUUUCCGUUAUUCAACUUCAAGUACACCUUUCCAGAUAGAUGUUAUUAUGUACAGUAAUGUAAAGCAUGCUUUCUUUCAAGAUGGAGAGGAAGAGAAAGAUGGAGACGAGACCAUCCCGCCUCUCUUACACUUGCACUUGUGCAACCCAAUCAAGGUGGGGACCGAUAUGGAAAAGGAUAUCCAGUUCCGUAUGGUACAUACCUUUAAGGGAAGGAAGAGAUCUGCUCAUGAUUCAUGUAAGUUUGAUGAUCUUAAUCGAGUUAUGCACAACUUUUUCGCUGGAGUUGAUCGUAUUUGGGAACCGUUGCCUUACCUUUUCUGUAGAAAGGUACAGAGGGAGUAUGGAUUCAAGGGGGAACUUCCCCUGAAGGAACCACAUGUAUUUUGCCUGACUGAACCUUGCAUAGUUGAUCUCGUAAAAGCACCUUUCUUUGUUGUCACCCUAGAAGAGGUCGAAAUUGCUAGUUUGGUGCUAGUUAAACCUGAGAUGACAGUGUUUAACAUGACAUUCGUGUUAAAGGACUUCGAGCACGAUGUGCUUCAGAUAUACUCAAUUCCUGAAAUGAAACUCGAUGGUAUCACACAGUCGCUUGAUAUCAGAAGUGUCAAGUACUACGAGAACGAUAGUCUAGAUUUAGAUAUUGGACAGUGGAGGUCCAGGUUGGAGAAUAUAAGACUUCAUCCACAGACGUUCAUGGAGGAGGGCGGAUGGGAUAAGUUCAACUCAGGAGAGAGUGAUGCUGAUUACUCUGACAGCUCGGCGGCGAGUAUUGAGAAUUACUCUGACUUCUCAGGGAUGGAUUACAACUCUGACAAGCAAUCAUCUGAUAGUGAUCAGGAGUUAGGCUCACCCACAGAUAAAAAAAAGAAUACUUGCUACCCCGAUGGCAAACCUGGUCAAGUGUCUAGUUCUGGCCGUAAAAAGAGAGAAAUUAAGAAUAAAGAGCCUUCAACUCGGACAUUGAGAACUAGGACAGUGGCUGAACAGUCGAUGGUAUUAUCAGAAGAAUCAGAUGAUGACUGUCUCAGGCCCAGAUAUAGAAGAAAAGGAAAAAAAUGUGCAACUCCAACAAAGCUUAUUUCUAAAGUAAGAGGACCGGUGGUGAUGUUGGAUAGUGAAGAGUAGAGUUUGAUAUUGAAGUUGGUACAGCAAGGAUGUUGAUGCUGAAUCCGUAGCUGCAGAGUCCAAAGCCCUUCAUGCAGCACUUUUUGGUUGUCUCAGUUGCAGCCAUGUGAUGUUCUUUUAGUUUCUGACUGUCAAGUUAUAGUUAAAUUUAUUGCUAGGGUUUCUUUCUCUGUUGGAUGUAUGCUCUUAGUCAUAUUAACGGCUAUGCUGAUAAGCUGGUUGCUUUUGCUUGGUAGGUUGCGUUCUUUAGAAUCAUCCUAGUCACUUGUGUACUCUUUUUUGUUCGCUGACGUAAGGCUAGGCAAUCUUAAAAACUAAGUCUGUUCAAUCAAUUUAAGUUUCUUUUUUCAACAAAA